AUGCAAUCCGCGUCUUGGCGGCUGUUUGCUGAUCCUGCCCUUUGGGGUUGCCGUCACGAGUUCGGCGAAGAGAGCGCCUGGCAGCCCUCGUUUGGUCCCGACUGCUCCGUGGCCGCGCUCGUCGUUGACGACGACGAUCAUCUGGAUUCCGCGCACCGCGCCCUUCGCCAUAGCUUGCUCGCCCGUUGGCCUCGAAUCAUCGUGCACACUCUCUACGACUUGACCUCGGCGAACGACUGCAAGCCGGGCUUUCCACACGACUACAUCAUCAACUCUGAUCAAAGCAAUAGCAAACGAUCGUGGACAACAAUGACAUCCAAGGCAGAGUUUGUGGCCAGCGCAGAAGCGCCUGCGCCUGCGCUCACUUCCAGCGUGGGCGGCCUCGCUGCCAUCGCGACCCCCGACACUGAUACCCGACCACAGCCUCAAUCGCGACGCUCGAGCCGCACGUUUGGCAGGACCUCCAACUUCCUUAGCACUACGCUGCUGCGUCCACGCGGCAAGUCCAUCUCCGCUUCACGCACCGAUGAGUGGGGCCGACCGGUGGGCGGCAGCGAAGGACUGGGCACCAUCUACAACGCCUCGAUGGGCUCGAGAGAGAGGAGCCAAGUCAUGCGCAGCGUCACCACCCUGACCAAGAGCAGCGAAAACGACGUGACCGGCGCCGUGGCAGAGGCGUUCUCGGGCAAUGCCACGCCAAGCCUGUCGCCGCGAAUGCGCUUCUUCAGCACUUUCCGUGCCGACAGCUCGAACAAUGUGCCCACCGUCGAAGCUCCACCCAGCUACCAAACUCAGCGCCCGGAUCUCAGAAGAGGCAGCGAAGGUAGCGUUGUCUCGCAUGUCAGUCUUCCACGUCACGACGCUACCUCGUCUCGAUCGAGCUUCAGCCGGCGCUCUUCGUCACGAACCCAGUCGUUCUUUGAUGCCACCUCGUCCUCGUUCGCAUCCUCCAACAGUUCGAGCCUCAACACAUCGGUUUCAGCGAGCCCGGGCCCAGAGCACGAAUCCUUCAAGCAGCAGCUACAGUCACGGAGGAACUCGACGCAACUCGGCGCUGCCACGCGCCAGGCCUUUCGGAACUCCCGAUCUUUCCUCGGCACUCUCUCCAAUGCGCCUUCCGGUCGUAGCAGUCAGGCAGUCUCGCCGGGUAGCGAAAGGGCUCCCAGCACUUCGCAAGCUGGCCGGUCCAGUCAUCCAGGCUCGGAAGCAUCCGACACCGCCAGAACCUCGCAGCCAGCGACGUCGUCGGCUCUCAUGUUGCCAAGCGGCCGCAUUUUCGCCGGCAAGGAUUCACAGCCAGGUGGAGGUGAUGCUGGCGCAGAUGCCGUACAACAGGCUUCUGCAGCUGCUGCAAACUCUGCAGCGUCGCGUGCGGCUGCUGCAGGAAGGGAAGGAUUCGACGGCUCUUUCGCCGCCUCGAAUUCCAGCCUAGCAAACAGCCACGCUCGUCCGAUCGGCAAAGCAAAUCCGCCGCCACCCACCGAACUGUCAGGUCGCCGUUGCAGUGCCUCUGCUGCUCCCACGCUGCAAGCCGCGCAUGAGCGCAUUGUUCGCUCCGGCGUCCAGUCGUCUUCCUCGCCUGACGUUUUCAACUCUGGAAAUUCGCAUUUGCCCACCUCACGCGCCUCGUCGAGUUCCCCCGGCGAGCAGCAGGUGGAGCGGCAGCAGCAGCAACAGCGGGGGCAAUCGCCCGAAAAGCGGCGAAACAACGCUACUGCACCUGCAGCGUCAGCGUCAGCGACGGCAAACCCACCCGCCGCCGCCGAUGUGACUGCAGCUUGCAUUGGACCUCGCGUCACCGCCGCGGCACCUCCUCAUCUGCAUUCCGCCGCCGUACAGGCACGGCUCGAUGCCCCGUCCUCUGCUGCUUCCCCAGCCCAUGUCCAGCCGGGAAAUGCCUCCGCAUCGCUUUUGCUGCCGCUUGCUCCUGCUGCCCACUCGCUGCCCGCUAGUUCAGGCUCGACUGGCCCGCAGUUGUCCGCUUCCGCUUCCGCUUCAGCUCAGCCGCGAUCUCGAUCGGCCUCUCCCUCCACGGCCAAGACCACGGCCCUUUGCUUGGCUGACCCCUCUCCUGUAGUCGCACCGUCCUUCCAGCUGCGACGAUCCACAGCCUCUGCUGAACCCUCCUCACGCGCUCCGUCCAUUGCUGACCCGACAACGGCAUCCACAGCUUCCUGCUUCUCGGCCCUAAGUGCCCGAAGCGCUGUCACUGUGUCUGACUUGCCGGCCGUCGCUGCACCUCCCUCCAUCCUUCGUCCUUCUCCCCCUCAUCCUCCCUCUCCGCACGUCGACGAUUCUCGUCACCACCAACCCGGAGCUGAGCUGCCGACCGCACUACGCACUGCUUCGUCUUCUCCUCUCGAGUCUCCUUCGGCCGCUCUCGACUCUUCCUCUUCGUCGUCGACCAACCUGACCACAGCUCAAACCACCGCUGUCAACACGAGUACGGCGAGCACGGCUGCCACGACACCUUCGCAAAGCACGCUCAAGCUCACCUCCGCAUCUGGACUCCCAAUUGGUCAGACCAAAUCCAUCCUCCCCUCCGUGUCCUUUAUCGAGCCCCGCAGUCACCACCACGAGCAUGUGCCUCUGCACCUCGAUGGCCAUCUAGGCACCAGUGAUCCCGUGCACUCAGCCGCUCCUGUCGCCGCGCACAGCGAUCCUGAACCUGCCCAUACGGUCAAGAUUCCUUCGAGCGGACCAACGUUUGCCAGUCCAUCUCGAGCCUCUUUUGACGAUCGCCGUACGCUUCCUCUGACGCCGCCCGACUCCAUCGGCCAGUGCCUCUCUCCUCGCACUUCCGUCAGCGGUGGACUGCCCGAGCACAACGUCUUGGAUGGCGAACAGAGGUCAGAUCCUAUCGACGUCCGCACUCCUCACUCCGAUCUCCCAUCUCCUGCACCAUCAGCGCACGGCUCCAGCUCCGGCCAACACAGUCGUCGAGCUAGUGCAUUCUCGCCAAGCGCUUCUCCUCUCGACACUGCCAACCAAAGCCAACCCUCCUCCACAUCGCCUUUGGCUUCCACGAACGUAGCGUCCACCGCUUCCGAGGCUUCCUCCCCACCAUCGACAGGCUCAAAACGAGUCUCGUUCGACUUUCGGCGAUUGCCUUUCCUGGGCGGUGCAACAGCAGCAAACAAGAUGCCUUCCGACGUCUCCAAGGCUUCCAACUUGGGGGUCGCGAUGCCACAAGAGCCGCUGUCUCCUGACUCGGCAGGGCUGCGUUCAGCUUCGUCCUCGUCGACAACCACAUCCAAAUUUUUCUCCCGCAUCAGCCUGCCGGGCAGUAGUCGACGAGGUAGCGCCACUGAUUCGCCGCUCGCGACACCGGAGCCCAAGUCGCGCUCCCGCUUUGCCAGCUUCGGACGAUUCAGCCGCGGAAGCGAUGCUCGAACCUCGCCGAACGGCAGCCGCAACCUUCGAAACUCCAUGCAACCCUGGGCCUCGGCCUCCACUGACGUUCUUGGGUCCGGCUCGGCGUUUGCACAGGGUCGCAACAGCAUGGCACUGGCCCGAGACGAGGCGGCCAGGCCGAGGAAGAGCCUCCAUCUGCCUCGCACCAACCUCAUCGACCUUGAAAGCGAAGACACCCUGGAUGCCACCGCCACAGACAGAACUGGUCUGCCAGCCCUCGACACUCGCACCAUCCCGCCAAUAGCUCCGCCAGCUGCCAAAGCCGACAAGCCGGCGUCGCCCUCGCUCGUCAAUGCGAAAAGGCCGAGCUUCAACUUUUUGCGUCGUCCUAGCGCCGCUAGCAUCAACUCGAACGCAGAGGCGGCGAGUGGCGAGCGACGAGGAUCUCGAGGGUCUACCAAUGCAUUUGCACGCACGUUCAUGAACCGUACGUUGAGUCGCAACAGCAAGAGCUCCGACACCCCAUCCGACUCUGCUCGAGCUACUCUGUCGUCCACGGGCGACUCGGCUACUCCGAUCUUCCGCAACGGCAUCUUUGAUUCUCAGGCGCCCGUCUCGACAUCCAACGUGGCGUAUCCUGGCAUGUCACCGACUGUCAACUGGAACACUCCAGUCGACGUACCGCCAGCUGCGCGUGCUGACGUCGCUCCGAAUGAGAUUGAUCCAACCGUAGCAAUCCCUCCCUACCCCGGAUCAGCAGCCAGCAUGGGCACUGUUCAGCCUCGGGGAGCGGUGGCCGAGCUGUCCUCGAGCGUGCUCGCCGAGCGCCGACCCUCGCAAGGCAUCGACCAAGAGCAGGAUGCCGUAGAGGCCACUGACACGGUCCCCGCUUCGAUGGAACGAGCGGCGGUGCCACCCACGAGCGCUUCGCAGAGCACCGAUUCGAACCCAUCUCGUCAGCGACAGUCUCGUUCGAGCAACGCUUUGUCGCACCUGCCGCGACUCAAUUCGAUGCGAGCGAUUGGCAAGCCUGGUUCUGCGGGCAGUCAGCAAGCGUCGGCCGGCGUCGUACGGACCACGCGAGAGGGUUCCGAGAGCACCAACGAUGGCACUACACCCGGCGAGACGAGCGAAGAGGAGCAGGAGCUCAGCGAGGACGAUGAAGAAGCUGACACCACGGGCCAGACGUCCGACUACCAAGAUCUCGACACCGAGACGGACGACGAGACCGAUGAAGACAACAACCCGUCGCCGGUGGUUAGCCGUCGCGUCUCAGCUGCCCCUAUGACUGCCACAAGCAGCUCGGGAGGGCUCAAUCGCAAUCGUCCAACCGAGUCUCUCAUCCUACCUCCAGCACCUUCGUUCGUACCCAACUCCACGAUCGCUGCGCCAGCGCAAGGAGCUAGUGCAGCUGCAUCGACGGCUGGCACGAGCGCAUCAUCGGACGCCACCUUCACGCAGCACGUCGGCCGCGAUGCCUGGACGAGCUUCAACAUGAAUGGCUUUACGCCUUUCGAGACACCGACUCCCAGCCUUGGCGGUGGAGCAAACAACUUUGCUGCCCGGACGCCUCGAGCGCGGCAGGAGCUGUCCGAGUCUUCCUACUUUGCCGCUCGGCCGGGGACGAGCAACAGCGGCCGAGCAACGACGGCUGGUACGAUGAGCGGAGAAGUUCCGCCGCCGUCUCCGUCCAUUAUCAGCCGGUCGCGUGCGCCUUCGUCAGCGAGCAUGCGGACGCUCAGGACGCCUGGAAACACGUCGACGAGCUCGGGCCCUGUGCCCAAUCGCUCGAUGCCCACUCCAGGAGGCAACUUACCCUCGCUGGCUCUGCAUAGGCAGAUCUCAGCGGCGUCGACGGCAACGCGGACGGGCAUCGAGCGAAGCAAAUCGCCGGCGCUCGGGGCGGGAAGCAGUCGACCGAGCACCUCGGGUACUCUGACUCCCAACCAGGUGACGGCUGGCGACCGAAGCGCGAGCCGCGAGCCGAGCAUCGACCGCCCAGGCUCGGAGCGACCGACAUCUCGUAACGAGAUCUCUGCCACUGCGAAGACGAGUGGCCGAGCCCCGAUGGCUCUCCGAGGCGUCUCGCCCUCUGGCGCGCGACCGACGUUCUAUCAGCAAAAGUCGCAAUCUCUUGUGGAUCUGAUGGGCCCCGCCUCGCGUCGGCUCGAGAUCGACACGCAUGCUGCUGCUGCUCCACCGACGAUCUUGGAACCGACGGCGACGGAAGCGUUGCGCACGCCCACGACGCCACGCCCGCCUUCGGAGGCGCCAGCAUACAGCAAACGGGACCUGCUGAAGCCGAUCAACACGAAGCUGACGGCGCCAGCGUCGAUCGCAUCACCUGGUGCCAUGAGUCUGGGACGACGAAGGUCGAUGUUUGAGAUGCGGGCGGAGCCGCCGCCGUACUCGAUCAUUCACAACCGGCCCGAAGGACCACAGGUGAUUCUGCCGCGCGAAGAGGAGGGACGAGAGAGGCUGCCGACCUACUGCUGUGGCAUCCACAUCGAGGGAUACCUGCCUCGCAAGAUGGAGUUCUCGGCACCGGGCGUGCAGGCCAAGGACCGCAGCUGGCGGCGCCAGUACUUUGUGCUGCACGGCACGAGUCUACGCGUGUACAAGAACGACCUGAGCGUCGAGCGACACGCUGCGACUGGCACGUGGGGCGAGAUGAAGGGCGUGCACGUGCAUUUGGAGCCGAUGAACGAGGACGGCUCCAACCACUCGGGGUCCGGCAUGGGGCUGGGUGCGGCGGCGCGCGAGGCGAUCUCGCACACGCCGCUGGGAAGCCAUCGGAACGAGUCUGGCAAGGGCAAGGAGGCAAGCACCCAAUUUGACAGCAAGAACGGCCUGGUUCGCAACUAUACCCUGCAAAGCGCCGAGAGCGGGCUGGCGGCGGACUACCUCAAGCGUCGACACGUGGUACGCGUGCGCGCCGAGGGCGAGCAAUUUUUGCUGCAGACGCGAAGCGACCGUCAUGUGGUGGACUGGAUCGAGGCGCUGCAGGCGGCAACGAACGUGUCGAUGGAUCUGGAGUCGCGAGCGAUGCCCAAGUUCAUCACGCUGCCGCGACGACGACGCCGCCGCCGCCGCAAUGCGGACGGCACGACGCUGAGCCCCGAGGAGCAGGAGAGGCGCGAUCUUGCCGAGGCGCAACGACGCUCGAUGGCGGAAGCAGGCGGGCCAGCGGCGAGCACGAGCGAGGCGACCCCGUGCACGAGCAUGUCGCAGACGGCACGUCAAAGCAUGAGCCUCGAGAACGAACUCAAUCCGAGCGCGGCAUUCGAAGAGAUGCUGCGCGAAGACCAGGAAGAGGGCGGCCGGCGCACCGCAGCCGUCAUGUAG